UUUGAUGACCCUUUACCAGACACACUUACACGCAAGAUGGAGAUGGCUAGUGAGGAAAAGCGUUCACUUGUCCUUCCCUCUACGAGCUUCCACAAGGCUGGAUAUCGGUUGGAUACUCACCCAAAAGGCCAACAGCAAUGGAUCACGGGGCAAAGAGCAUCGCAGCGACUACAAUGAUGGAGAGCACGAGAGGGGCGGAGUCAUUGAGAAGUUGCUAUGACAACAGAUGAUGGAGGAGUUACAAGGUGACACUGUAGAGUUUGUGGACGACCCAUCGGACGUCUUACACUGCAGAUAGAAAGAAAACAAUCGUCUUUCCUAAGAAAUAGCUGGCUAAGCUAGCCAGAGCAAUUAGCUGCUCUAAAGCACUCUAUUGCUUUUGCUGUGUCAGACGUCCACUUCGUGUGUGCAUCUGUGACUGCUUUCCCAGUGAGCCCAUUCGCACAAACACAUCCGUCAUUAUCCUACAGCACCCCAACGAGGUACACACACUAUACUGCAGUCAUACAACGCAGUUCCUCGCAAUAACCCCUCCAACACACACACACCCACUGUGUCUGUGUGCAUGGCAGGAGAGUCGUUGCUUGGCUACUGUACCUUUGCUGAAAGAGUGUUUACUACCACACAAAUGCCUCGUCCUCAGAGGAAAGAGAUUCAACUCUAGCAAGAACCAGGUCUUGCAGUCAGCCAUGAGAGCUCCCAAUACCUACCUCCUCUUCUCUGGGGUCAAAGCUAUAGACAUCCACACCCUCCCUCCGGCUGGUGUCCAUGGUAACCCACCUACGCUCAUAGCCCUUGAUGGUACAUGGUCUCAAGCUAAGGGUAUGUACCAUCACAACCCACAGCUAGGUCGUCUGGUUCAAGUGCAGCUUGGUGUGGAGUGUGCUAGUGAGUACGUCAUCAGGACACAGCCGACGCACACAAGUCUCUCCACACUCGAGUGUGUAGCUCACGCACUAGCCUGGCUUGAGCAAUCAUCAGAUAUGGUGGAGAGUUUGGUUCGGCCCCUGAGAGGACUGUGUCAGCACCAGCUAGACCAUGGAGCAGUGGUUCAUGUGAGCAAAGACCACCCACAGUAUGUCUCCAGGUGGGAGAAUAAGUCACAAGAAUUGAACAAAGAGGAAGAAAAUAACAGCCAGACAGAAUAACAGCCAGAUAGAAUGAACUAUGUACAUUGCAGUAAUAGAGUUACUGAGUUCUUUUUGCCUUGUCUUGUCUUUCUACCGCCUGCUCCUGUAUAAUUGUGUUGUUUAUGGCUUAUUUA